GAUUUGUUUUGCUUCGGGGGCUCGGUGUGGUGACAGCAGCUGCGGGUUGGAGUCUCGGAGACAGAGCGUGUCGCUAGGAUGAACGCUCCUCCGGCCUUCGAGUCGUUCUUGCUCUUCGAGGGCGAGAAGAAAAUCACCAUUAACAAGGACACUAAGGUGUCCAAUGCUUGCUUGUUCGCCAUCAACAAAGAAGACCACACUCUGGGGAACAUCAUCAAAUCACAGUUGCUGAAGGACCCACAGGUGCUGUUUGCCGGCUACAAAGUCCCUCACCCCUUGGAGCACAAGAUCAUCAUUCGUGUGCAGACCACCCCAGACUACAGUCCCCAGGAGGCCUUCACCAACGCCAUCACAGACCUCAUCAGUGAGCUCUCCCUUCUGGAGGAACGAUUCCGGGUGGCCAUCAAGGACAAGCAAGAAGGAAUUGAGUAGCGGCUAAAAGGCUAAAAGGAGCAUUGCUGAGUACUGGCUGUGAGG